UCGGGAUUUAAGGCUGGAAAAAGGCAAUGCUGAUUCAAGGGGUCUUUAGUUUUUCAACAGUAUAUAUUGGAAACAUCAUGGAGCAACAAUCGAAGGCCACAAGACGACGUCAAAAAUACAGUGUUGCGAGGGACAAACCACAUGCACACCGACAAGAAACCACGCCAUGUGUCGUACGAUCUAUUCUGUGUAUACAUAAACCGCAAGUUAAGUUUCAGCAAGCUUUGGAAAAAUUUGGGUUUCUCAUCGCACGAUAUCCUAAAUCCGUGAUCUUUUUCUGUAUUCUUUGCAUGAUAUUGGGCUGUUUGGGAUUUGUACGCCUGCGUGUUUCAAACAACAUAGCAAUCUACCCUUCGCAGAGCUUAUCCAAAGGACACUUAAAAUUCCUAAAGGCAUUUGAACCCAAUGAUAUUCGAGAAGAACAGAUAAUGUUUAUUCCAGCAGCAGAAUCGAAUAUUCUUACUCAUAAAUGCUUGCAAGAAGCUCUAAUAAUCCAUACUGCUGUAACUAACAUUACAGGUUAUCGGAAUGUAUGCUUUAGAAGUCGAUCUGCAGGUCCCUGCAUGAUGGUCAAUAUCUUUGAAGUAUUGGGAUUUAAUUCCAAAAUGCUUCAAAACUUUUCAACGGUGCUAACUCGUGAGUUGACUGGAAAUGAACCCAAAUUACUUUCCAAUGGACGCACGUUGUCCUUUCUCAAGAACAAGAUGUUAAGUGAUUUCAAAAUGACGCAUGUGCCAAAAGUUGGAAACAAGUACAGUUUUUCUGCAAGAGCUAUGAAGAUAGUGUACUUCCUGAAGCAGCCGCAUACCAAAUCCUUAAAGGCGUCCAUAGAUUUGUGGGAAGAGAAGUUUACAUCUGAAAUGAAGUCAUAUCAGGACAAACUAAAAUGUACUCGUGUUCUAUUUCUUUCACAGGGCGGAAGAGAGGGGGCUGAUUCAAAACUCUUCAACCCACAAACUAGUUAUCUUUUCAUCUCAAUUCCUAUUAUUUUCUUUGUUGGUUUUAUAUCCACUCUUUUACUUAAAUCUAAAGGCGCAGCGUUUUUAAUAGUUAUCGGAUCUCUCUGUGUGGGGAUAUACAUGGUCUCUUCCGUGGCGAUAAGCUUUGCUGUUGGUGUUUCGUUCUCAAAUGYGACMAUUGUCGUGCUCCURUUUCUUGGAUUAAGAGGGAUUGUCGAUAUUUUACUAAUAGUGUAUGAGUUGGAAAAUCUCAUGACCACUCCCUCUGUUAAGCAUCGCAUCGCGAGUUGUGCUACAAACGUGGGUCUGAUUACUACAACAACAGCUCUUUUUGAUGUUGUUGUGUUUGGCUUUACACAACUUACUAUCUUUACAAUCAUAAAGGAUGCGUUUUUGGUUGCACUCAUUGGAAUUCCUCUUCGAUACCUUUUGUUUUUUCCUUUCCUGUUGGGAUGCAUUUCUCUGUUGUUACAGAAAUAUCCAUCUGCUUUCAACCAAAUAAUCUGCUGUUGUGUCCACGACAGAGACCCCAACCUUAAUGAUGACACGCAAGAAGUGAAUGGAAGAUUCAUAAUAUUUGAAAAAUAUGUCCAAUUACUGACAAAAAAACCUUCUAAAAUCUUGGUAGUACUUCUAACAAUAGGAAUAAUGACUGGAUGUGCAUAUAUACACUAUGCAAAUGAUCUGGACUAUCAAGAUAACACAGCACUGAUGAAGACGUCAAGUGUUGCAAACUUCAUAUCUACUGAAUUGAAGUAUUUCCAGUAUAUUGAUGUAAACAUUAUAUUCUCGAAUUCACAAAUUGACUAUGAAAACCCAGCUGUUCAGCAAAGUAUCCAAAACUUUACGAAAAGUUUGAGCCGUCUAAAGAGGUACAGUACUGGAAACAUAACAAGCUGGCUUACUGAAUUGCUAUCUUGGUCUGAUGCUAAUAGAGGUGUCUGUCGAAUGCGUUACUUUACACCUUGUCUCCAGAAAUUCCUAGCUCUUCCCAGAAAUGCCAUGUACAAAAAAGACAUUGUAUUUUCAAACACAACUGAAGGGAAUUCGAAGGUUAGAUAUUCGCGAGUCCAUCUAUUUAUGAAUACGAAAGGAAGUAUCUUGGAAGGGACAGAGCAACUCUAUUCCCUGAGGAAAGAUGUUAAGAAAUUAAAUGAAAAAACAAAUUUCGUCGUUGUACCUGCGAAUCAUCGUUUUCUUUUGUUUGACAUGGUUGCUGCAUUCAGAAGUGAAGCCUUCAAUAUCUUGAUAGUCGUUGGUCUCGCAAUAUUGUUGUGUCCCCAGCCUCUGACAGUAAGCAUAAGGAUUGGUAUUCUUCUCGUCAUAUCCUUCAUUCUCCAUGUCGAGGAAGUAAUCGUGCUCACACAUAUUUGGCAUAUCCCAUUAAACCCAGUGUCAUUCUAUUGUUUGUUUAUUGGAAUUAUGUUAUCAUUGCAUGUUAACAUACAUAUUCUGCAAGUACGGUCCCUGGCUACUGAAACCACAGCAGAGAAGAGAACAAUGGCUGCCUUAAAAUCUGCAGGUCCAAGUAUCUUAAUUGGUGUCCUGAUUUUCAUUGUGUGCUCGAUGUUUCUUUCAUAUGUUUUUCCAUUUUUGUCUACAAUAUUCUUGUGCAUACUUCCGCUGUUGUUUGUGUUCGCGCUGUUCCACAGCUUAGUUCUUUUGCCAGUUAUAAUUCUGAUUUCGAGCAAGCCUGCAGAAAAGCUGAUGAAAUAUAUGGCAAUUGAAGAUUUGUAUCAGGAUGUUAAGACACUCUCGGGUCAUUACGAACUCGUUGAACCAAACACAGAAACAAAUGGAACAUCUUUCGAAAAGCAACAACAACAGUCCACUAUCUGUAUUAUCGGAAUAAGCUGCAGAUUUCCUCAAGCAGAUAGCAAGGAAAAGUUUCUUAAAAUGCUUUCAAAUGGCAAAUGUGCUGUCAGCCAAUUUCCAUCCAAUCGCCAAGAGGAGUACGAAAUAUUUCAUGAUCUAUAUCAUCCAAAACGAUUUGUUAAGAGAAGAAUUUGUACAGUUGGUGGAGCCUUUCUUGAAAAUAUACGUGCGUUUGAUGCUGAGUUCUUUAAUAUCUCCGAUCAAGAAGCUCCAGCAAUGGACCCCCAACAAAGAAUCCUUUUACAGGUUGUUUAUGAAGCGAUUGAAGAUGCUGGGCUUCGUCUUGAAGAUCUGCAAAAGUGUAAAACUGGGGUCUUUGUUGGUGUCAUGAAUCUUGAUUACGGAACCCGCGUCAUGCAGCCCGAUAACCGUGCAAACAUGGAUCAGUUUUACUCAACCGGGACAACGUCGUCUAUUGUUGCAAAUCGCAUCUCUUUCUGUCUGAAUUUGACUGGUCCUAGUCUGUCUGUCGAUACAGCAUGCUCUUCAUCAUUGACAGCUCUAAAAAUUGCUCAGUGCUGUCUGUUAAGCAAUCAAUGUGAUGUUGCAAUCGUCUGUGCACCCAAUAUAGUCCUCGACGCCUCAGUCCAAAUGACUUUCAGUAUAGGGGGUCUCCUUGCUCCAGACGGUCGCUGCAAAUGCUUUGAUGCAUCCGCUGAUGGAUAUGGGCGAGGUGAAGGUUUUGUGUCCGUCAUUCUUAAGCCUACAGUGGUUUCCAAGGCUGACAAUGAUGAUAUCUACUGCGAGAUUGUUGCUUGUGGAAUGAACAACGAUGGGCAGAAUGCCAACCCAAUCACAGCGCCAAGUGCUAAAACACAGACCGAGCUUUCGAAAGCGGUACUUGAAGAAUCAGGGCUUCCUGCAACAAGCAUUGAGUACGUAGAAGCACAUGGAACUGGUACAGCCAUUGGUGAUGUUGUAGAAACUACAUCCAUUGCCAAUACUUACUGCGACAGAACUGCUGCAAAACAGAGAAUCCUGCGCAUUGGCUCUGUAAAGUCAAAUCUCAACCACACAGAGUCGGCCUCAGGGCUUGCAGGAUUGAUCAAAGUUGCUUUAAUGAUCAAAAAAGGGAUUUUUCUUCCAACCGUCAACAUUUUAAGUAUGAAUCCAAAAUUGAAGCUUCCUGAGAAAGGCAUGGUUGUUCAAGAGUCAUGCGAGAAGUGGACAAAGGACGAUAAAAGCUGUCGUAUUGCAGCCAUCAAUUCAUUUGGGUAUGGAGGUUCGAAUGUGCAUGCUAUUCUCAGAGGGGUCCAACCGCAGUUUAGCAGAUUAAACAGCAAGCACGAAUUGGAUAAAAGCAAGUUCAUAUUAACCUUAUCUGCAAAAUCAGAUGAAGCCCUUCGACGUCUUGCAAAAAAGUGUGAGUCUUGGUUAGUAGAUCAACCCGAUGAACAUGAAUUUAAACUAAAUUUGUGUUACUCUCUCACUGAACGACGAAGUCACCACAAAUGUCGUCUUGGUGUUGUGUUUGAGACUGUAGACGAAGCUGCUGUUUCCUUGAAUAACUUUGCAAACAACAAAAGCGAUGCUGGUGUUAUCUCUGGAGUUGCCGUUUCUACCAAACAAAGUAUCUUAUUUGUUUUUGGUGGCCAAGGUGCUAAUUGGGAAGGCAUGGGUAAAGAAAUGAUGAAUUGUGAGCCCUUGUUUCGCGAGCAUAUAUAUGAAGUUGACAGAUUGCUAAGAGAUAUCGGAGAAAGUUGGUCUUUGGUCGACGAAAUAAUGUCAUCCGACAGAAAAAGAAUCAUGGGUAACAUUAUUGGCCAGCCAGCCUGCUUUGCUAUCCAAUAUGCCUCUUAUAAACUCCUGGAGUCUUGGGGUGUCCAUCCAUCUGCUGUAGUAGGCCAUAGUCUUGGAGAACUUGCAGCGGCAUGUUGCUGUGGAGCCUUAACUGUUAAGGAGGCGCUGCAACUAAUUUUGAUACGGUCAACAAAUCAUGAAAAAUGCUCAAGAGAGGGAUCUAUGGCUGCUGUUGGAAUGCAAAAAGAAAAAGUUCAGCAGAUAAUCAUUGAUUUGAGACUGGAAAACGUAGUCUGUAUCGCAGCUGUCAAUGACCAGAAUAGUGUCACUAUUUCUGGCAAUAAAGACUCGGUGGAAUGCAUGGGAAAUCACAUCAAGUCAAAUCAUCCUGGCAUAUUCUGGAAGAUUCUUUCAACUUCGCGAGCUUUUCACAGCACAUACAUUGAUGCAGUCAAGGCACCAUGCUGCAGUGAAAUGGAAAACAUCAAGCUUGAACCGAAGUUGAUGCGGAUGCCAAUGUACUCAACAGUUGUGGGUGACAAGGUCUCACUCAACCAGUUAGAUCGACUUUAUUGGUGGCGAAAUAUGCGACAAUGUGUUUUGUUCUAUCAAGCUGUUACUCAGGCCCUCAAAGAUGGCUAUAACACAAUGAUCGAGAUAAGUCCGCAGCCAGUUUUAAAGCACUAUCUCCACAACAUUGGGAAACAUGUUAGUACCUACACAAGCCAAUCGAUACGCAACCUUGUAACAUUUCCACCAAAACAUGAACAUGAACAACACAAGGCGUUCUUAAAGAACAGUUUAUGUAAGCUUUACACCAUGGGAUACCCAAUUUACUGGUCCGCCAUGUAUGGAAAUGGCCAGCUUAUCCACUUUCCCACUUACCCUUGGAAGGAGAAAGAAUAUUGGUACAGAGAUCAGUCACCAGAGAAGACAAUGCGCGGCCUUAAACCAAGUGCCCUUACACUUCGAAAAAGCCAUCCUUUUUUGAAAGAAGUGAAAUUAGCUGAGCAAUUCUCUGGCGUUUUGUGCUGGGAGACAGAGAUUGAUCUUCAUCGUUUUCCUACAUUUAAAGACCACGUGAUCACUCAAGUUGGACCAGUUCUUCCUGGAUCAGCUUGUGUUGAAAUGGCUAUUGCCAUGGCAGCAGAAAGGUUUCAGCUGUCAAGAAGCAUUGAAGUACGUGAUGUUCAAUUUACUAACCUUUUGACUCUACCAGAGUCACAGGUGCGUUUGCUUAGGCUAAGACUGGAGAUGAAUUCCAACAAUACGGAAGGAACUUUUUCCGUUUGUAAUGUACAAGAGAAGGGUAUUGAGAUGGUUCUUGCCAAAGGAAGCGUAUUUGCUGAUUCUUCAAGUGCCUUAACUUCAUGUAUCUAUUCUACGCGGUUUAAAGAAACCCCCGACAAACUAGCGAUGCCUGGUGUUGUUAAUGAUGCCUUGAAGGAAAACAUGUCCAACAUGAAUGAGGUGCCUUUAUCCACAUUUCGAAAUCUGACCGGAAAGUUGGGCUUCGACUUUGGUCCGUGUUAUUGUCUAGUCAAGCAAAUAUGGCGGAAAGAGAAUAAMGCUAUUUGCAUGCUUGAAAUGGAUGGUCCAUUUGAUGGAGAAAUCCCGCUGUACAUAAUUCACCCUGCAUUUGUUGAUGCCUGCUUUCAGACUUCAGUGGCGUGCGAAGAUGAUGAUGAAAGUGAAAAUACCAGACCAACCGCAGUUCCAAUUGGAGUAAAAUCCUUCAAGGUGAUCGACCCCAAUAUCCCAAGAACAAGCUACUGUCACGUUACCAAGACCACAUCUGGGGAAAAAUUUACGUAUGAUAUGAGAUUGGUGGAUUCAUUUGGAAAGGUGUACGCCAUUAUCGAGCAGUUCCAGUCAACAGAAAUUGCUAAUUUGAUCCAAUUGCCGAGACUCGAUGAGAUCGCGUAUCGAACUAGUUGGGUUGAAGUCAGCGUUGAUGUUAAGACCGUUGAAACUUCAGACAGUAUUAUCCUCGUCAUGGUAGAGAGUAAAGGAAUUGGCUGUUUAUUUGUGGAUAUUCUUUCUUCUGUGUGUUCUGCAAAGAUUUGUGUAGUCAAGCAGCCUGAAGAUGUAGACUCUGUCGACCUGGUCAGCCUUCUGAAGACUGCAGUAUCGCAUCAUGCUGGAUUGUACUCAAAGAUUACCAUCGUUAACUUUUGGCCAGUUGAAACUUUCUUUGUUUUGCCUACCAUCAAAGAUGUUGACCAAUGGCAAGAAUUAAGUUGCAUGAGAUUGCUAGAUGUAUUGAAGUUCCUUUCAGAUUUACAGUCUUCAAGCAAGGUCACUUGCACACUUGUUGCUGUUAGUCGAUGUGCUCAGUUUGUUACAAGCAUGGAGGAUGAAAAGAUUCCCUGGGCCUCGUCCGUAUGGGGAAUAUGUAGGACUGCUCGUCUUGAAUUUCAGAAUAUCAGGACAAUAAAUGUUGACCUAUGCACAGCAGAUCGCUGCGAAAUGCAACACUUGACGAGAGAAAUUUUGCUGGAGAAUGUUGAUGAUGAAGUAGUUCUUCGAGGAGAUAAACGGUUUGCCAAUCGUCUUAUUAGAGCUUCUCCUGGUUCACAAUCAAUCACUGAUGAGAAUUUGAAGAAUACAGAGAUGUUGUCAAGUCCUGUUUACCUGGCUGCCAACCCAAAUACUGGGAAAAUCUGCUUAAGAAAAUUAACUGAGAACUCAUAUCCUUCAGAAGAAAAUAUCGAAGUUAGAGUGUCCAAUUUCUGGCUUCCUAACGACAUAAGCAUGCAAUUACGUGGCACCAAAGCGUUCAUUAUAGGAUAUUCUGGUUCAAUGACCAUUUCGGAAUCCAGCAAUGAAACCAGCAGAGAGCUAGUUUUUGGUAUGACGAGAACAAGCCGCCUUGCAAACAUUCUCUAUGUGAAAAAAGACGAAUCCAUGAAGAUCCCUGUCGAACUGAGCUUAUCACAAGCUGCUUCGUUGUCCGGUUGUCUUCCAUUUGCUUAUUGUGCGCUUCAACAGGCUGUCAACGUUUCCUCUGRCGGAUGUAAGCGAGCGGUGAUCAUUAUUCACGAGGUUAAUAGAGAUCUUGGUCUUGCUGGGAUGUUAAUCGCAAAAGCUCUUGGACACUCUGUAAUCGGUACGUCUUCAGAUCCACAUUUUGAAGACUCUAAACGUCUUCUCCAAGAACAAGGGGCUUGGCUAGUUACAGAUUCCUACYUAUCAGAUCUUAYCGACCAAGAUCUGUCACAAAGACCAGAAGCGGCAAUCUUUUUCUACGAGCCUCCCCCAAACAGCAUGAGAAGAAGUUGUCAACUUUUGAAACCAGGAGGUCUGAUAAUUAUUCUUGGAGAAAUACACGAUAGUCGCGUCGUUCUAUCAUCAAAUAAGAGCAUCUCAUGCCAACUCAUCGACUACACUGAAAUCUUAGAUACUCCAGGRAGGUAUAGGGCUCUUUGGUCAUCCUGCUGGCAGCUACUGGCAUCAACAGAUACCAUGAAAGACAUUCUCCAAAUCAACCAACAUGAAGCAAGCAUAUUCGAUGAUAUACUUAACUCUUCUGAGCCRCUUCCAGAAGAAAAGACUAAGCAAUUGCAUAAGCCAAAUUUGUCUUUUUCUUCUAUUUCGUUCAAAACUGAACAAGGAACGUCUUCCACCUUUGAAGUUAUGCCUGUCGGGAUAGACCAGUACAAGCUUAAACAAGACCGAACGUACAUGGUAGUCGGAGGUGUAAGAGGGUUUGGCUUUGAAGUUGCUAAAUGGUUAGCCUACAAUGGUGCCGGAACAAUUGUGCUCGUGGCUCGUUCCAAACCCUCAAGUUCAAAACUACAUGAAGUGUCAUUACUCGAAAAGGAAACUGGUGCAAAGAUAAAGAUCUUUCAAGCAGAUGUAUCAGACAACGAGCAAAUGAUAGAGAUGAAUAGCAAAGAGCUUUCAAAGCUGCCAAGCAUGUCGGGAAUCGUCUUGACAGCUAUGGUCUUACGUGAUCAACUAAUUCCUCAGGUCGACCGAGAAACAUUUCAUCAAGUUAUGGCGCCUAAAGUAAAAGGAGCCUAUAUUCUACAUCAAAUGAGUUUGAAUAUGGACUUAGAUUUCUUUGUCAUGUUUUCGUCUAUUGCAUCUUUACUUGGUAACCCAGGUCAGGCUGCAUAUUCAGCAGCUAAUGCAUUUCUAGACGGCCUUGCUGGCUAUAGACAAAGAGUGCUUGGUCUGCCUGGUCUGUCUAUCAAUUGGGGUCCUAUCAAAGGAGCAGGAGUACUGCAACGACAGGAGAAUGUUGCGAAUUUACUCUCUAGAGCUGGAUACAGAAUGCUUGAUGCUAAGCAAGCUAUAGAAUUCAUGGAACAAUUCCUCACCAAGGAACCUUUAACAGACGGUAUUGGCCUCUUCGCUGCUGACUGGUCACGUGUCUUCGAAUCCUCAGUGGGAAUAAGCAAGUCAACAAGGUUUGAGGCGAUAAAACAAGAAUCUGAAUCCCUGCAGACAGAAAAAGAUUUGUCUUCACUUGGACCAAAGAUUAUGAUGGAAAGCGACCACAUGAAAAAGAAGGUAAUGGUGGAAGAGUUCGUAAUAGAUAUGAUGUCCUCAUUUUCUGGUGUACCUGCAGCUGAGAUUGAUCUAAAUACGAGCCUUUACACGCAUGGACUAGACUCGUUCUUCGCCUUGACGUUUAAGAUGCAACUUGAAUCUACCCUGGAAGUCUCGUUUGAGGUGUUUUACUUCAUGCAACCAGACACCACUCCUUCCAAGAUUGUCCAAGACAUACUUCACAAGCUCAAAUCAAAACAACCAACCRAUCAGGUAGAUGCUAAAUCACCGACUGAAAACAAAACACCUGAYCAAAACGAUAUCCAGGAAAACCAAUCAAAACACAAGGAACUAGAACCUGGAAUUAGGGAGUAUCCCCAAGAUACAAGCUGUCCCACCGCCACAUAUCAGCUCACACCCYUGUGCGUGCCAGAAUGUGCAGAUAUCAUGUUCUUCUGCGUUCAUCCUGCUGGCCGGUAUGUGAUGAACCUUGUACCGAUAUCAGAUGCAUUUAAAGCACAAUCACUGGUCUCUUUUUACGGAAUUGGCUACACUGAUCCUACAAUGACUGGAGAUUCAAGGAGUGUUCGCCAACUUGCUCAAAGCUACGUGAACAUGAUCAGACAGCUACAAAGACACGGUCCAUAUUUUCUUGGAGGCCAAUCGUUUGGUGGCUUGAUAGCAUUUGAAAUGGCAAGCGUGCUAGUAGAACAAGGUGAAGAUGUCGCAUUUCUGGCAAUGAUUGAUACUUUUCCUUGGGAGAUUUCCAACCGCUCUGCAGCAGCGAGACUCGAAAUUCUGUUUGGUGGUACAAAGCUGGAGCAUUUGAUGGAUAAACUUUUUCAGGCGACAUUUGAACAAGUUCUUUCUAAGCUAGCAGCUCAUACAUUAAAAAUGACAUCCCAAGAAUACGAAGCAAAACGGAAAACGCUUACACAAGAUGGCAUCAUCGAGUUUCUUCAAGAAAGAGCGCAGCAACUUCAAAUUGCACUUUAUGACAUCAAACGACUGCGAGAUUCACUUCAUCAGGAUAACGAACUUGCUUCUCGUAAACACCGAGAAUGGAAACCAGGGGCGGUAUACUAUCAAGGUACAUUGACGUUUUUGAAAAGCGCUGAUCAACGGUUUACGCCACUCAAACCUCUUCAAGAAAGCUCCGAUGAGGCGUGGUCAUUACUUGUGGAAGGGAACAUGGAUGUUUACAUGUGCCCUGGAGACCACUUGGCACUCAGUGAGCCUGCAGAUGCUUUUAUUACUGGUGCCAUACUAGCAACAGCUAUUGGCCUGACUUAUCGACGAAGGUUUGGGCUUUUAAAGUACAUCCAGAGAACGUACAUGGAAAAAAAAUCAAUCCAGAAGUUUGUACUUGGAGUCGAUAUGUUUCUGCACUCGAGAAAAGCAGGAUCCAAACCUCCAAAAUAUGGCAAGCUUUACCUUGAGGAACACGAGGGUAGACUUGUAUUUACGGCAACCAGUGAAGAGCCAGAAGAGAAGAAGAAAGGGCCACGGAGAAGAAGGGAUAAAGUUAUAGAUUUAACUGAUUUGAGUAAUGUUCUGCCAGGACGACACAUCGCUAAAGUUAUCAAGAUGUGUUCAAGCUUUCAAAAUGUUGGUGGACAUCGAACAGGCAACCUCAAGCAAAUCGUUGCCGUAGUGACGUCCAAUCAUCGUGUUUACGUCUUUGAGCCGCUGAAUCUAAGUGAUUUGAAAUCCUUCUAUCAGAUGAUGGAGGCUGUUUCAUCUGUUGCUAUGGCACACCAACUGGGAAUGAUGUAACCUAUGCAUCGAUCAUGUUCAUUUUUUUCCAUUUAUGUACUGAAGUAAUUCUAGUUUUUGUGUGAAUUAUAAUAGUAUAGAAAUCGGUUUUAUGCGUUUUUUCGACACUAUUUCUAUUUUGGAAAUAUUGCUUUUGCACCUAAUUACAAAAACGUCCUGACCACUAAACCUGAACAUUUUCUUUUGUAUUUUAACUUUUAAGAAUUCCUAAAUAGCAAAAAUUCUUUUUCUUGGACGUUUUUGUAAUUAUGUGUAUAUGUAUUAUUAGAGUACAAACAUUAAAAGCGUGUAACACUUUGCACUAUUUACUAUUUACUACUUACUAUUUCGUUUGCAUCCACAUUUAAUUUGUAGGGAAUAUUACAUAUUUACAGCAUGCAAGCACCUGAUAGUUUAGCGACACAUUGUUUGUCUCAACUGGACAAUUUCAAUAUCAGUAGAGUGAUCGCACUUAAACCGUGUAAUUGUACAAACUAAAUAGUGCUAUUUAGUUGUGUUUAGUAAAUCGUGCAUGGGGUACUCAAAUUAAAUUGAAUUGAUACAAAUGAAGCACUCAAUACCGUCUUGCUUCAGGUCCACUUUUAGUACAAAUUGGUACUACUUAGAUUUUGUACAGUUGCACAGUUUAAGUGCGAUCACUCUAACGUGUGAGUUUGUAUGCUUGGGAAAAUUGCUAUUAUAUCAGUUUUCGCUGUAAGAAUAAAAUGCAUGAUAUAAUAAAUACAUGAAAUAAAUA